CGAAAUGUUUAAAAAUUAUCGAUCUACUCUGAACGAAUUGCAUCGACUCGAACGGGAUCGCGUGAUUUCCCGCUUAUACACGUUACGUUACGCGCACGCGCAGGUAUCGAACAGAUUCAAAAUUGAUAUCGAACUACGAGGUUUGCGGAAAGAGGAAAGCGUGCGGCAUAGGUGGAGGUCAAGUUUUCAUCACACGCAACGAUAGGCAGGGUAGCUUUUCAGGAAUCGUCGACGCAGGCGCAUAUCUGGCCGUGGUCCAAAUAAUACCUCUGUCGGCGACACCAGCAGUUAUAAUAGUAGUAGAAUUCGGAUCGUCAUUGCUACCGGAUACCCAAUCGACGUCACCGUUAGUAAUCACCAGUUUCGUUUCGAUUAGCUCGGUUAUUUUCAAUUGAAAUCUUACUUAAACGUCGAACGUCCGCGUAUCGAACUAGCAUAUGCUUCUAGAUGUUUAUUUUAAAUUGUUUUGCUCGCAAAUCUCGCCAGAAACACUUUUCAUCUCGCAUCGCACCUAAACGGUACGACACAUUACAUUUUCCGUUUCCUAAUCGAUAGACGCGCGAUCGUCGAUUGCAGCGCUUGGUGUGGAACAAGUGGCAGUACAGUACCCUCGUCACUGUUCGUCACCGAUCGUCACUACUCGUCACUACUCGUCACGGUGCAUUAUUCGUCGCGGUAGCCACGGGCAAGAUGUGCUGCUACAUCAUGGUGCACGUCUUGUUUUCUGGAACGAAUGGUGCCCGUGCUUAAAGCAGUGAUUAUGGCGCGGUUCGGCCGGGCCAACGCAAGAGGACAGACGUAGGCACGGAUGAAGCGCAAGAAGGGUAACGAGGACGAGGAGGAGGAGGAAGACGAAGAAGGAAGACGACGAAGAAGACCGCGAAGAAGCAGACGAUAGCUAUCGAAAGAGUAGAACGAAGGGGGGUGCCGGCGUAGAAAAGCGCAAGUUCCGGUUGGUUGGAUUACCCUUGAUGCUGAACAAAAAGAGGUUCGAGGACGUGUCAACACUGGCGGACGGGGAACGCAAUGGAAGCGCCGUGGUCACGGGCCCGGCGCUGUCGUCAUCGUCGUCGUGCACGGUGCCCUACAUCGCGACUGACCAGGGCUUCGUGUUCGAGGGUGGCGGCCCGACGACGUUGCAGCGGGCCGGUGCAGCUGGUGCAUCCGUCGCCAGCUGCACCGGUAGCGGAGGAGGAGUGGGAGUAGGAGGUCUCGGAGUCGGUAUCGGUUCCGGAAGCCUGGCGGGAGUGAUAGGGCCAGGGAUCAUAAUGGGCGGUGGACUGACGGGAGGAGGAAUCGCCGUUGUCGGUGGAGGAAGAAGUGGCGGAGGAGGCGGUGGAAUGAACAAGGAGGUACGUUACGCCCCGUUCUCGUCGUCCGUGGGGCCCGCAGGUACCGUGGCGCCUGUGAACCUGCCGCCGCCGCCUUUGCCGCCGCCUCUGCCGCCGCCGUUACCGCCGCCGCCGCCACCGCCGCCGCCCCUGCCGCUGCAGAUGCAACAGCAGCGUGCGUUCUCGAGGUCGAUGACGUCCCUACCGCCCGAACCGUUCAUGAUCAUGAGAUCGAAGGCCCUAAAUCGUCGGGUCUCGAUAAACGUCGGCGGCGUGAAACACGAGGUGCUCUGGCGUACCUUAGAAAGGCUGCCCCACACGCGUCUAGGCCGUCUGAAAGACUGCAACACCCACGAGGCGAUCACCGAGCUAUGCGACGACUACUCGCUGAUCGACAACGAGUACUUCUUCGAUCGUCACCCAAAGUCCUUCAGCUCGAUACUGAAUUUCUAUCGUACCGGUAAACUCCAUCUGGUUGACGAGAUGUGCGUGCUGGCGUUCAGCGACGACCUAGAGUAUUGGGGCGUCGACGAGCUCUACCUCGAGAGCUGUUGCCAGCACAAGUACCAUCAGAGAAAGGAGCACGUGCACGAGGAGAUGCGGAAGGAGGCGGAGUCUCUCAGGCAAAGGGAGGAGGAGGAGUUCGGCGAUGGACAGUGCGCGCAAUAUCAGAAGUGGCUCUGGGAUCUGCUGGAGAAGCCGACCACCUCCAUCGCCGCACGGGUGAUAGCUGUGAUAUCAAUACUCUUUAUUGUGCUUUCGACGAUCGCACUAACUCUCAACACCAUUCCUAGUAUGCAAGUGAAUGAUGAGAAGGGGAACUUUCAAGACAAUCCGCAGCUCGCUAUGGUGGAGGCUGUGUGCAUCACGUGGUUCACCCUCGAGUACAUGCUUAGGUUCAGUGCCUCGCCGGACAAAUGGAAGUUCUUCAAAGGCGGUCUAAACGUGAUCGAUCUGUUCGCGAUACUGCCGUAUUACGUGUCUCUGUUCCUGCUCGAGACGAACAAGAACGCUACCGACCAGUUCCAGGACGUGCGCAGGGUAGUGCAAAUCUUUCGUAUUAUGCGAAUCCUGAGGAUCUUGAAGCUGGCUCGCCACUCUACCGGGCUCCAGAGCCUCGGCUUCACGCUACGUAAUUCGUACAAGGAGCUGGGACUGCUGAUGCUCUUCCUGGCGAUGGGCGUCCUCAUAUUCUCGAGCCUCGCCUAUUUCGCCGAGAAGGAGGAGCCCGGGACCAAAUUCGUAAGCAUUCCAGAAACCUUCUGGUGGGCGGGCAUCACGAUGACCACCGUCGGAUACGGCGACAUCUACCCCACGACCCCGCUCGGCAAGGUGAUCGGCAGUGUGUGUUGUAUAUGUGGUGUCCUGGUAAUCGCGUUGCCCAUUCCCAUUAUCGUUAACAACUUCGCUGAGUUCUACAAGAAUCAGAUGAGACGGGAGAAGGCCCUAAAGAGGCGGGAGGCCCUAGAGAGGGCCAAAAGGGAGGGCAGCAUCGUGUCCUUUCAUCACAUCAAUCUGAGGGACGCCUUUGCCAAGAGCAUGGACCUCAUCGAUGUCAUCGUCGACACCGGUCACAAUAUGUCCGGCGUGGAUGGUAACAGCACCGAGGGAGAGUCCGCGUGCGGACGCGGUCCCGCCCAGACCGGGCCAGGCUGUUAUCGUAACUAUGAGCAUUACAGUCUCUCACGACAUCGUCGCAGCGCCUCGUCCUGCUUCCCAAAUUUGCCUAACGACCUACCGAACACCCCGGAUAGCCCGAACCGUCGUCUAUUGGACUUUGCGCAGAGCGUCCCUGGAACCCAAAACGACGAUUACUUUCACGACGACGUGCCGGCCCAGCACGUGAACCAAGGCAAUACCACACCUAGCGAUGAAGAGAAAAAAGACAGCAGAAAAUUCGAGAAAAAUGAUGAAAUACCUAGCGAAUUCGAGUGUUGCUUUUGUACUACGAAGGAGUACAAAGACUUCAGAGACGCGGAAAAUAUAAUGCCGCUGGCGACCAGCGACUUUCGUAACCCCAUCUGCCAGGAAAUGAGAUCGCUAAGAUCGGGGAUGUCGUUGGAGCAACCGAUCCAGUCGAUGUUCACCGAGACGAAGACGUCUCCUGUCCAAGCGUUGGAGAACAUCGGUUACGGGAGGCCGUACAACGAGCAAGGAAGCGUGGACAGCUCCGACACGUAUGCCAGCUGUCAGACGCAUCCGUCACAAUCGCAGGUUUCUUCUGCUGGCCAUACGGCGGAUAACAAUAAGGGCGACCUCACCGAGGAGCCGGACACUAAUAAUCUCUACGUGAACCCCCUGGAGGCUGCCGAGAAGUGCGGAAACAGGGUAAAGAAAUCCGUUUCCGGCGAGGUCGGUCACAACGUUAGCGACGCGUCGCCCAGCGUCGAGUCGCUGAAGGACGUCAGACCGUCGAACGAGGGUAGCAAAGUUAUCCUGAACGACACGGUGCCCAAGCACAGGAAAAUUCGUAUCCAGCAGAGCGUGAGACUACGCACGCAAUUUAUCAGCGACCAGGAGUGCCUGGGGGGUCGUGGUGUCACAAAAGAGGACACCACGGAGAACAAUAAUUACUACAGUGGACUCCGCGGGGGCAGACCAUUCGCGACGACCAAUAGCAGCCUAGCGUCGGCCACCAGAAUUCUCAAUCAUCAUCUGUUUGGGUCCAGUUGUGGGCCCAGGCACUAUACAGGAACGAGCACGGAGAGCAAGCUUUCCCUGUCCGCCGAUUCCAUAGACAGCGAGGGUGUGCCUUUCAUAGACAGACACCGUGUCUCGAAGUCGAUACUGAAGAAAUCGGAGAGCAGCAAUAAUUAUUACAGCAACGCGGGCGAUUCGGACACGGAGAAGCUGAUCACCGACAACGCAUCCACGAUAAGCAUGUGCGAUAACGAGACGAGCACGUGCAGCAUGAAGCAGCCGGUUUCGCCGUUGCUCUCUAGACAGGUCCUCGAGUCGAUCUUCCGUACGAACAAUAACGUCGAGAGGGAGGACGAGGUGGAUCAGACCGAGGAAAAGAACAGCCUAUCCAAGAUGAGCAGGUCGAUAUUCGACAACGUGCUCGAAGAAGAGAGCCACACGCAGGACGAGACAACGCCAGAGAACAAAAACAAAGAAGAACGGAAGAGGUCGAAGUCGAAGAUGGAGGGAUCGUCAAAGGACAGCCAAACGAUGCUGAUAUGCUCGUUACGGCCGUACAAAGUGAAAAAAUUGGCCAUCGAGGAGAAACGAAAGUCAAAGACGAACAGUCACGGUUACAAAGGCACAGACGCGAAUUGUCUUCCUCAGGAACAUCGUUUCUCGUCGUAGCGUAACCCAUCCCCGUCUAGCAUCCACUCUCUGUGCCGCAUACGUAGAUACACAAUUGCAUCGAUUCGCGAUCACCGUAUGAAUAACGUUUCUCGUUUCGAAACACCAUUAGUCUUCGCCAGUGUCGUUUUAACGUACGACCGUGCUGCAACGUUGAACGAGUUGGCGGCGGUAGCAGUCGCUAAAAUUUCUCAUCCGCACCCAGACUACUAUACCCACGUUUAUUUGGAUCCCUCGAAUCUUUUUCGUUUCGAUCUUCGAUAUCUAAACGAUGUAAAUUUAACAAGGACUAUCGCGACGAUGUUAAAACGGUCCUGAUCUCUGCACGUCUUCGCAGGGCCGUGGAUCUCUGUUCGGAUGUGUGAGAAUCUCUGAUAGGAUGCAGCAAUGACGCUAGCAAUGUUAUCGCCUCUCGUGUAAAUACCGCAAAACGAUCAAGAACAAACGAACAAGAAACGCGUAUAAUUUUUAAGAAGAGCGACGAUACGUUGAACGAAUGAACUCUGCGGUCGAAACCUGGGAUAUAUUCUUUACGCGAGCGUUAUCUUUCAUGGGAGAAACGUUCCAAAGACAUACACGACCUUUUGAGAACGAGGAUUGCAGGAUCCACUCAUCGAAAAUCACGGAUAUCUACGCUAUACCUAGGUCGCUAACUAUAGUUAUUAGUUAUAUUAUAUUAUAUAUAUUAUAUAUAAAUUCUAUAGAAUUUUCUCGCGCACGCGUCAAACAGGUUCUCUAACCUUUCAUACUUUGUUUGCGUUCGGGUUUUAAUUCUUUUCAAGAUUCAUUUAUAAGAAAUUACAUCACUACGGUUGAGUGGUCAAGUCACGGAUAUCUAUUAUACAUAAUACAGAUAACUGCGGGUCGAAUUCAAGGAACAGGACGUUCGUUUGAAAACAGUCCAAUAUACUUAAAAAGAAUAUGGAAUAUAUCGUAAAAGCACAAAACACGCGUCCAAGGAUCAGUUUCGCGGCCAUGUACCGAUGCUCCAGCGAUCUAGAUAUAGUAUUCGAUAUCCGUGCUGAAAAUCCUUCCCACGACGUCCAUCCACGUGCGCGAUAGGGAACGUCGACAUAUCUUCCAGCUUGGCCAGAAAUAAUUCUGGCACGGCUACCGUCACUACGGAGAUACGACCGCGAGGAGUUCGAAUAAUUAGAGACUAAUCCGUGUAAGAAUAUAUAAACGCGAAGAAAUAACAUAUUUUCAAGAAGAUGCACCCGUGAUUCCGAAGCGCGAUAUACAAAUUAGAAAGUAUAAAUUACUCGUUAAAAUUAGCGUUGAAGAGGAACAAAUCGAAGUAGAACGAUAUCGAAUAGUAUCGAAUACUAUUCGGGUGAACGACGAUCGGUUAACGGAAGUGACGAGUAAAGCGAUCGGAGAACAAGCGACACGAACAAUACAAACGGUAACGUUAAGGAUAACAAUAAUAAUAGGAGCAAAUAAAUCUUUAGGCAAUACGUGCUUUUACUCAUCGUUCGCUCAGAGAGGGAGAGAGAGAGAGAGAGAGAGAGAGAGAGAGAGAGAGAGAGAGAGAGAGAAAGUGAAACGUUUCGCAAGGUAAAACUUUAAUCUAGUCCCACGGCCCUGUUACACUUCCUUCCCCUUUCCUCCCAUCGCCUAAACCUCGUUGAUCUAGAAUAAGCUUUGCGUGUGCAUUAAAUGGCAUAGCAAAUGCAAUCACGCGAUCAGUCUGUAAGUAAUCGAGGGAUCGUCGUCGUUCCGCGGGAAACUAAUCGCUCUGAAAACUUCGCAUCGGACGUCCCUCGAUGCGACACGAGUGUUCGUUUUAUCUGCUGAGUGUCUUACGUACAAUUAGACGAUAUCGUUGUAAUAGAAGGCAUUAGAUAGGUCCAGGCAGGAUCAGAUUCGUCGCGAUCGACGAACAUACGUGGCCUGAAGAAACGUGAACAACUCUAGUAUCUUUCAUUCGUUGUUCGACUAUCUUUUUAUUUGAGUAACAAUUUAUCCUGCCUUUCAUUAGUCCAAUAAAACUAAUCGAACCAGUACGAUUCGUUACGUAUCGUGCACGUAUUCUAAUCACGUUUCUCCACGCCUAAUCGUACUUCGCAACCGAAACGUCGCAGUGGAACAGUCGUCGGAAGAACCAGAACCGCUUACGUGCCCACGACCGUUCGGUUAAAUUCGGUCGUUCGUAAUAAAUAUACACGAUAUUAAGAGUUAACGAAGUGUUCUUCGCGCAUGUCGUAGAUGUCGAAUUAAAAAGUGAGGACGCGUUACACAUGCUCACGUAGAGAGUAGUAGAGCGCAAAUGUCGUCUAUGUUUACAUCCAGGUACCGAUUUCUAGCCGCGGCAACGGAUAUCGUUUCUUCCAAUGUAUGUUCGAGCCGCUGUUUUAUUAACACGUUGCAAAGUGUCAACGAUUAAUAUGCAGGGUGUCCCGACAACGGUGGGCGCACCACGCGUAUUAUUCGAAUUGUCUUCGCCGAAAGAAAGAGUUUAUUGGGAGAUUUUAAUACGCAUACUUACGACGUAGUAUGAUUUUACAAUUGCGUGCUCAAAAAUUCGGUCGCUCCUUUUUUGCUCCGAAUGGUGAUCGUUGUUUUCCUUUUAUUUCCUCUUCUUUUCUGUCCUUUUCUUCUCCUUCUUCCUUGACGAACGUUUAAUUUUUCAUCGAGGAGAAACGAACUGUCCGACUCUAUCUCGAGUCCUCGCUGUAACUUGAUCGCACGCGACACAGACGUUUUCUCCUACGUUUCUUUUUAGACGAAUCAUCGGUAAAAUACAUAUCUCUAAUGGCAUUUCUAUUCAUUGUUAUCGUAAAUGUAGGAAAAACGAAUAACUGUACAGUUGCACGUUAAUGAAAAACGAAGAAGAAGAAAAAAAUGGUUAAUAUUCCCCCGUGGACGCGUCCACUUGGGGAUCAUUGUUAUGCUGGUGGUCUAAUGUUCACGACUCGAGUAUUUUUUAAUAUAUUUAUAAUUGUUUUCGACGUGUAUACGAAUGGAGAGGGGAGGGCCAUUCUGAACAUUGAUAACGUCCUUUCAAACGGAUGUACUUUUUACUCGGUGUUGUUUACUUCGAUUAUUUUAUUCGAGCUUUGAACUUACAAUAAUUUUGGAUGUACUAUACAACUGUUUUUAAUCGAACGCAUUCACCAUUUAAACAUUAGAUUUUGUCCGUUUAAUUUAAACGGAUUCGUAUUUUUUAAUUCAAACUUGCCAUACAGACUGAAGCAAUGUAUAAAGGUUACUCGAAGCACGUAACGCGAUAGAGUUUGAUAAUAAUUUUACUAUUUUUAAUUAAUAGUAUAUUAAUGUCUGUAUAACUUGUCUUUCAAGGAGAAAGUCUUUUCUUACUCUUUAAGUACAGCAGAUAUAAAAGUGAUAAAUACGCUAUAAGUACAAGACAAUGUUGUUGCUCAAACUUUUUACUUUCCAGCUUCUUUUUACAAUGUUUCCACUACUGUUAACAAUUCAAUAUCGUUCUUCGCACACUCACAGUUUGAGAAAGAUUGCUCUCUUCGUUUAAAGAGAAAGUGGAAACUGUACAUAUAUAUCGCAAAUGUAUAUUUAGUCUCGUGUACAUCUUCAAUGCGUACAAAAAUGCUAGACAAGCUACCUGUCGUCCUAUCGUUUCGUCGUUGAAAUAUUCAGAAUGGUCCCCGAACACGUGAGACACAUUGAUUGUUUCAUAUUGUUAACGUAUUAUAUUUAUUAAACGCGAGAAACACGCGUAUGUAAUCGUGCACGACACUCGACUUCUCACUUCUCUAAGCGUUUUAUCAUUUCCACGUACCUGUUAUUCAAAGUUGGAUCUCGAUACCUCGUAAUCGCUUGGAGUUUCUGGAGUAAAUCAAUGUCUUCUGUGAAUUAACAUAGCUGGAAGUAGAAAGUUCCUAGAAGAAGAAAAACAAAAAAAAAAAAAAAAGAAAAAGAAAAAAGAAGUGUACAGAGCGUGAUUUAUUAUUUAUUAUCGUAAUUGUAUAAUUAGCGCACACUUAGCAGUGAUAUAGUACAAACAAGAGGGCCCGCGACGUAGAUUUACGUAUGGCAUCGAACGAGCCAGUGAGAUUGCAAGGGUAUAGCGAUGAAGAAACUUGAACGGUUGGACGGAUCGUCUCGUCAGAAAGGCACGAUGAAGAAAAGACAUAUAUAUAUAUAUAUGUAUUAGGGUGGUCCUUAUUUCAAUGAUUUCUGAAAUUUGUGUCACGCAACCCCUGAAUACCUUGCAAAUACAUAAGAUAAGAUAGACGUAACUGAUUGAUCAAAUUUCAUGUAUUUUCCAUUAAAAAUUUUCGAUAAUUUGGGGAACGUGUUAACGUUACAAUCGAGAGGUCAAAUUUUGCAGGAAUUUUGUUGUGUGUAUUUGCAAUGUAUUUAAGGAUUGUGUAAACGACAAUUAACCGACAAAAAGAACUCUUACAAAUAAAGCGCGCGAAAUCAUCUUUUUAUCUAAUUCAUUGUUUUUAAUCGAACGUCGAGAAGAGCCAUAAAAAAAUUCGAACGUCAUUAAAUUCGCCGUUCCUUCGCAUCUUUGCGUUUCACGAAGGAACACACGCGCCCUUUGGACAAUGAUUUUUAUCGUCUACGCCUUCGAAAUUGACACUAUCCGAAACGAACAGACGCGAUUGUUCGACACACCCAAUAAAUUUCUCGAUAACCAAACGCCAGUCGUUAGAAAAGAUUCUUUGUCACGAUAUCGAAUAUUCAAGCGCUUAAUCAGAUUUAGUCGAAUCGAUCUCUCGCGUAUGUACAAUUUUAUUUUCGAAUUUCUAAGGCCUAGAAUCGUAGCUAUAAGACAAGGUAGCAUGCGUAAGCGAAUAAAGUUGUAAUUUGCCAGUUUUUGUUCCUUA